AUCUAUACACAAAAUAUGUUCAAAAUUAAAUUAAAUAGUUUGACAAUUAGCUGUGUCUUCCUGACAUUUUGUCUAAUACAAUUGGCCCAAAGUGGUGUGGUAAAAUCCCCGGUAAUCAGUGAAGGUGUCAAAGAGGAUUUUGAACGUGAAGCCCGCCUCGAAACUGAGGAAUUUCUGAAUGCCAUUUUCACAGCCCAAAUUGACUUCUUCAAUAAAAUGAAGAAGUCGCUGACACCCGAGACAAAACGUUACAAGGAUAUAGAGGUCUUUGUGCAAAGGCUAGAAUUGGCCAAGGAGGAAAAGGAAUUGGAAAAGAAGGAUGUCAUGUAUUGGGAGACGUUUCAACAGUUCAACAAAUCUCCCCUGCUAUUGAAUGACCCAGCUGAAACCGGUAUGACCGAUGAGGCCUAUCAAAAGGCCCUCACCGAUAAUGGUUUUAAAGAACUUCUAAAGAAUUUCUUUGCCGAUGUUGCUGUGUAUUUUUGGAAAAUGGCCAAAGCCAGUGGUAAGGUGGUAGAAACCACCGUCGAUGAGUAUUUGGAACAAAUGCAAAGUUCCAAAUCUUUAUUUUAGAAAA